AUGGGCGGGCCGUGCAAGAUUCUAGGAGACGACGGUGGCAUUUCAGACGCACCCGCGUGCACAGACAACUUCUUCGUUCGGCCGUACAGGCUGAACGGUGCGCAGUGGCAGAGCGCGGAACAGUUUUUCCAGGCUUUCAAGUAUCAAGACCAGGAGAUGGUGCAGAAAUUCCAGGAGAGCGUCCCAGAAGAAGGUACAAGCUCUUGGGCAUACGGCUGCUUCAUGGCCCGAAUGGGUCAGGAGCGCCACCCGUCGUUCCGCAAUAAUUGGGAGCAGAUUAAAGCUGAAGUCAUGUACCGGGCUAAGCGGGCUCAAAUUGCGCAGCAUCCAGAUUUGAAAGAAGAGCUCAUUUCGACUGGGGGCCAUGUUCUCAUUCACGAGGAUGGCAACGCUUUCUGGUCGGAGUGGAAUGGCAAAUGUAUGGCGCGUAUUCGCGACGAGGUCAUGCCCGAUGGAAGGCACCCAGAGGGUGACCAGAAGCGAGAUAGUGAUCUUGAGGCGUUGGUCGUUGAGUACGCAAAGGUCAUCGAGAACGAGGCUUUCUUUGCCGAUUGCCCAGAGCUUAUGCACGCGGAGUGCCUCGGCAGGUGGGUCCAGCGCCGCGGCGCCGCGCCGCUGCCGGACCGCUGCUGCCGGUGCCCGUCGGCCCCCAGCGGCCAGGCCCCCGCGGCGAGCUGCGCCGACCCGGAAGCCCCGGCCCUGGACGGCUGCGGCGGGAGUCGGGUCUUCGAGGCAGACAUGAUUAGUACGCCUUCGCCCGAGCCGCCGUGA